UCGGGCGCGGGCAAGGCCGCGGCGGCGAUAGGGCGUCCUCGGCGGCCGGGCUGUGGAGUGGCCCGUGCGCGCGCCCGAGGGAGACGUUGUGUAGCGCGCCUGGCGGGGAGUCCCCCUGCUCAGAGGCGCGGCGGGGAGGCCGGGCCUGCGGGCAGGCCAGCGCCGCGGAACCCGCCCGAGCAGCGCCCGGGGCCGACCGGUCCUCUCCGCCCGCGCCUCCCGGCCCUAGACGUGAGACACCGACCCGUCGUCUCCAGGGCUCCGAAGCCGGAGAGCGAAGCGCGCCAAGAGACGAGGAUGGCUGCAGGAGUCUUGCCACAGAAUGAAGAUCCGUAUUCCACGUUGGUGAAUAGCAGUGGGCAUGCUGCACACAUGGAUGAAAAUUCAGGACGCCCAGCACCAAAAUACACGAAGGUGGGAGAACGUUUGCGGCAUGUAAUCCCUGGGCAUAUGGCAUGUUCCAUGGCGUGUGGUGGGAGAGCGUGUAAGUAUGAGAACCCAGCCCGCUGGAGUGAGCAGGAGCAAGCCAUUAAGGGAGUAUACUCAUCCUGGGUCACUGACAAUAUCCUGGCCAUGGCUCGUCCGUCUUCCGAGCUGCUGGAGAAGUAUCGCAUCAUCGAGCAGUUCCUUGGUCAAGGCAUAAAAACAAUAAUCAACCUGCAGCGUCCUGGAGAGCAUGCUAGCUGUGGGAACGCUCUGGAACAAGAAAGUGGUUUCACCUACCUUCCGGAGGCAUUCAUGGAGGCUGGCAUUUAUUUCUACAACUUUGGGUGGAAGGAUUAUGGCGUGGCUUCCCUCACUGCCAUCUUGGACAUGGUAAAGGUGAUGACGUUUGCCUUACAGGAAGGGAAAGUGGCUGUCCACUGCCACGCGGGGCUCGGCCGCACAGGUGUGCUAAUAGCAUGUUAUUUAGUUUUUGCAACAAGAAUGACUGCUGACCAAGCAAUUAUAUUUGUUCGGGCAAAACGCCCCAACUCCAUACAAACAAGAGGACAACUGCUCUGUGUACGGGAAUUCACUCAGUUCCUGGCUCCACUCCGUAAUAUUUUCUCUUGCUGUGACCCCAAAGCACAUGCUGUUACCUUAGCCCAGUACCUGAUUCGCCAACGACAUCUGCUUCAUGGUUACGAGGCACGACUUCUGAAGCAUGUGCCAAAGAUCAUCCACCUGGUUUGCAAACUGCUGCUUGACUUGGCUGAGAACCGGCCAGUGGUGAUGAAGAGCAUGCUAGAAGGACCUGAGCUCUCGGCUGAAAUUGAAAAGACCGUGUCGGAGAUGGUCACGAUGCAGCUAGAUCAAGAGUUACUCAGGCAAAACAGUGAUGUGCCCGACCCGUUUAACCCCACUGCAGAGGUGGCCGAGUUCGAGAAUCAGGAUGUGAUUCUCUCUACUGAGCAGGAGUUUGACCCCCUCUGGAAGAGGAGGAAUAUUGAGUGCCUUCAGCCCCUGACACAUCUGAAAAGACAGCUCAGCUACAGCGACUCAGACUUAAAGAGGGCCAAAGCCAUCCUGGAGCAAGGGGAGACACCUUGGACAGUGCCUGCCCAGGAGUUGCUAGACCCCAGUCUCCAGCAUCAGAAGCCCACGAGCCAUUGCUACAUGCCACCAACUCCAGAGCUAGGCUUUAAUAGGGAAGCACUGGUCCAAAAUACAUUUUCUUUCUGGACUCCGUCAAAGUGUGGAGACUUAGAAGGACUGAGGGAUGAGGGAUCCCUGCUUUUGUGCAGGAAGGACAUUCCCAAGGAAGUACAGCGGAGCAGAACCUUCUCUGUGGGUGUUUCUUGUUCACACAAUCCUGGAGAACCAGUGCCACCCAACUUCACAAGUAUCCAUAAGGAUCCAGAGCAGGUCACCCAUUGCCGGUGUGAGGCUCCUGGUGGCUGGGUCCCGGGCCCUGUUCACGAGAUGGGCAGGAGCCCCUGUAGCCCUCUGAACUGUGGCUCCAGCUCUAAGGCGCAGUUCCCAUACAGACAGGAAACCCAAGACAGCACAGAGCUGUCUGAGGCAGUGCCACAUGCUGGUCUGCAGCCUGAACUGAGUGCUGAAGCAAGGAGAAUACUGGCGGCCAAAGCCCUGGCAAACUUAAAUGAGUUUGUUGAAAAGGAGGAAGUGAAAAGGAAAGUGGAGAUGUGGCAGAAAGAACUAAAUUCCCGAGAGGAAGCCUGGGAACGAAUAUGCGGUGAGAGAGACCCUUUCAUCUUGUGCAGUUUGAUGUGGUCUUGGGUUGAGCAACUGAAAGAGCCUGUAAUCACCAAAGAGGAUGUGGACAUGCUGGUCGACAGACAAGCAGAUGCUGCCGAAGCCCUGUUUUUACUAGAGAAGGGGCAGUACCAGACCAUCCUCUGUGUGCUGCACUGCAUAGUGAGCCUGCAGACGCUUCCCAUGGAGGUGGAGGAAGCUUGCCUUUCACAUGCCAUUAAAGCUUUCACCAAGGUUAAUUUUGAUUCUGAAAAUGGACCAGUAGUUUACGACACCUUGAAAAAAAUAUUUAAGCACACAUUGGAAGAAAAGAGGAAAAUGGCAAAAGACAGCCUCUCCUGAGGCUUUCUUCUCUGGACAAGCAUCCAACCUGAGCAUCCAUCCCUCCUGAGGGUGGCGCUUCUGCUCCCCACCCCGAGGACCAGUGCUGGCCACGCUUCCUGCCUCAGUCCAUUGUCAGUGCGGCCUCCUGUGCUGAGGAUGCGGCUCCUCUUUUAGUUAUUUAUUUUAAACAUAUCUUUGAACUGUGUCUUGAAAAAUUGCCAUGGAGUUGGUGCCACUUUAUUUAUUCACUGACUUGAUGUUGUUGUGUUGGCAUUUUAAGUAUGUUGUAUCUGUGCCCUUACUCUUGUUGACAUUUUAGAGGAAAAAACCCUUUCAAAACAGUUAUUUUUUUUGACAAAACUCUUUGUGGAGUUUUAACCAAAUAGAUCAUUUUAGUAGUAAAACCUCACUAUGUAUCCUUUCCAAGACAUGUGUCCCCUCCCUCAGAGAUAUGACCUAAGAUAGUCACCAAGUGUCUUAAACAGUUUUAUAUUUGUUACUACUAAGAAGGCUAUUAAUACAUUUUAAAGUACUUUAAAAAAAAACUUGAAGCCUUUUGUUCUUCUUUUCUUUCUUUACAGAUGUGGCCAAGUCUUUGAAGGAAUAUUAUUUUCAGUGAUUCAGCAGUUCAGCUUACCUUAGCAGACUGGCUGGAGUGGUUAGGAUUCUGUACUUGUAGAAAGUAGACUUGCUCUUUGUCAGGCUUCCAGACAACCUCUCCCUUGGCUGUCAGGGGAGGGAGCAGCUCUUUACCCAGAAACCUUAUUCUGCUUCCCCCACCUGCUGCUGAGCCAGGUCCCUGCUGUACAGAGAAACGGACCACAAGUGGCCAGGAUGGGCAGCUGCUAAGGAGCAGAAGUGGCCCUUGUCCUCCCCGGGACUGUCUGUGCAGAAAAGACAGCAGUACCAGGGGGCAGCUCCUAGCCAGCCCUGCUCACUGGGGGCAGUGUGACCAUCUUUCACAGGCCGCUCAGAGCUAGAGCAAGCCAGGCCAGCCACUUUCUGUCAGGAGUGCUGGCAUUGCUGCCUGGCUUGUGCCCAGCCCCAAAGCUGCCCUUUCACAAGCCCACUUGCCUCAACCUGCCUUGGCCUGCUCUGUUGCUAGUGGCUGUUUUGCUGUAAGGAUUAUAAUUUUUAAGUUGAAUUUGACCCUAACUGGCUUCAAAUAAGGACAGGUGGCUGGUCAAGCUUGUUCCUUUAGAUUAAACAGGUAAUCAGCAAUUGAGGCCUUAUUUAAAUUGAAUUAAUACAUAGGAGUAGCAGAGCCCAUGCCAUAGUAGUUUUCUUGACAAAGGUGGUAACUAGACCAAUUCAAACUAAAGAAUUAACUCAGAAUUUUAGGAAACAAGCAAGACUGAAUUAGAACAAAUGAAAUUUCCCUAACUCAUGCAUUUGUGAAUUACAGUCUAGUGUAUCCAAAACUAUGUCCAUCAUUAGCCUCACCAACUCUGAUGACAAAAGCCAAGUGCAGUUUCCUUCACCAUGAAUGUUCUUCUUGGGAAAGGAAAUACGGUGAUGGUUAGUGAACCAGCUUACCCAGUGCUGAAGUAUCUUUUCAAGUGCCUAGCCUAACAACAGGAACUCCGAGCACUCUGUCUCCUGUGUACAUUCUAAAAGCUGAUAUUCAAAGAGAAUGCUUGUCAUCACCUUUUGUCAGCCUUGACCGGGCAAGUGACACUGUGGACCUCGGUCACCUCCCUCCCUAAAGCCAGUGCGCCUGUGCAUUUGCAACACUUGUUUUAAGUUCUGCCACCGCCAUGUGCUGACACCACUGCAUGUCAGAAAAUCCAAAUAACAGCGUCCUGAGGAGACGCUGUCAGGCUCUGUGUGGGCAUUGUGCUUAUUUGAAUAAAGGUGAAAAGGACCAACCACU